GACCCCUCUCCUGUCCAGUCGCAUCACGCAACGCACACCUGCACACGCGAGCGCGCGCACACCCAAACCCUCGUCGCGAUCCGACCCCAAGGUCUCGAGAUGAAGGCGAGAGCGAGGUCCAGCCGCGGCGACGCCAGACUCUCGGUGAGGAAGAGCAAGGCCGAGAAGGACCCGAACAAGCCCAAGAGGCCUCCGAGCGCGUUCUUCGUUUUCAUGGAAGGGUUCAGGAAGGACUACAAGGAGAAGCACCCCAAUGUGAAGCAAGUCUCUGUGAUUGGCAAGGCAGGUGGUGACAAGUGGAAGUCCAUGUCUGAUGCUGAGAAGGCUCCGUUUGUGGCCAAGGCCGAGAAGCUCAAGGCUGAGUACAACAAGAAGAUGGACACCUACAACAACAAGCCGUCUGGAGGCCCCGUAGCGUCUGGUGACUCUGACAAGUCCAAGUCCGAGGUGAACGACGAGGAUGAGGGCAGCGUGGAGGGAGACGAGUGAUGGAUAGAGCUCUUCCUCACCAAGCUGUCGCUGCCAGUAGUGAAGUCGCCGUCGUCGGCGUGACCGGGCGUUGCAGUCGCUGCUCCUUAACCUCUCUAGAUUUAGUAGUAGUCCCCGUCUCGAGUUGGUAGGAUGAAACGCCCCCCUUCCGUCUGUGCAAGUGCUGUCUUCAGGUGAUGCAGUUUAGUUGUAGUGUUCGCUUCUUCGGCACUUGACCAGUCAAUCCUCAAUCUGUACUUACCCAAGUAUCUGUGCCUUUUUAAGUCCCAGAACAGAAUAGAAUCUCUCUCGUUUGUGUUCA